AAAAAAAAAAAUUCAAAAAAAAUGGUUGAUUAUUUGAGAUUGUUGCGAUGUUUCAGCUUCACGGCAUCGCGUGAUUGGCUAUUCCGGCAAUCAUUCGCAAACGCCGGUCUCCGCUCCGUCACCACCAAUCUCUCCCACAACAAUUCCACCGCAUCAACAACAACUAUGCAUUGUUGGAUCCCAAAAUCCCCGAACCGAUCAAAACCAAACCUCCUCCUCGUACACGGAUUCGGAGCAAACGCAAUGUGGCAAUACAACGAACAUCUCAGAUCCUUCACCAACCGGUACAACGUCUACGUCCCCGAUCUCCUCUUCUUCGGACACUCUUCCACAUCCGAACCGAACAGAACCGAAUCUUUCCAGGCUCGUUGUCUCAUGAGGCUAAUGGAAGCGCACGGAGUCGAGAGAAUGAACCUCGUCGGGAUAAGCUACGGUGGAUUUGUAGGGUACAGUUUAGCGGCGCAGUUUCCGGAGAAAGUGGAGAAGCUGGUGCUAUGCUGCGCCGGGGUUUGCUUAGAGGAGAAAGACAUGGAGGAUGGUUUGUUCAAGGUUCCGAACUUAGAAGAAGCUUCCGAGAUUUUGAUUCCUCAGACGCCGGAGAAGCUUAAGGAGCUUAUUAGAUUCUCUUUUGUGAAGCCGAUAAGAGGUGUUCCUUCGUUUUUUCUAUGGGAUUUUAUUGAUGUGAUGUGUUCGGAGUUUGUGGAGGAGAAGAGAGAUUUGAUUAAGUCGAUACUUAGAGAUAGGAGAGUUUCAGAUCUUCCUAAGAUCAAACAGAAAACUUUGAUCAUAUGGGGAGAAGAAGAUCAGAUAUUUCCAGUGGAGCUUGGUUACAGAUUGAAAAGAUAUAUAGGAGAAAAUGCAGAGAUGGUGGUGAUAAAGAAGGCAGGACAUGCUGUUAAUUUGGAGAAGCCUAAAGAAUUUCUCAAGCAUUUGAAAUCUUUUCUCAUUUGACUCUUUGUGAACUACUUGUUUUGUUUAUCUGGUAACGUUUUUAUGCUGGUUUCGGUGAGCUAUGAUAUUGCACCAAAAACAAAUCAAAAGAGCUAUUCUUCGUAAUGGGCUGGGUGUUAACCAGAUGGGCUUUGAGGAAAAUAAUUUUUAGGAUCUUUAAAUGUGAAAUUAUUCCAUUUGGGUUUGGUCGAGAAAGGAGAAAACUAUAUACAGUAA